AUGGCAUUUGUUCGUGGUGGUUCUGGUGAUACUGAUAUUUUCUUCAGGUUUCAUUCUAAGAUUAAACUGUUUGCCAAACAUCUCACAUCACAACUCCAGGUAUCCACCACUGACCUGAGUGGCAAGUUGGUAGAGGGACCUGUAGACCUGGACGUGUCUGUUAUUGACCAGAAUGACAACCGACCCGUCUUCAAGGAGCCGCGCUACUCUGGGGAGGUUCAGGAGGGCUCCCCUACAGGCACUACAGUGAUGACCAUGACGGCUUAUGACGCAGAUGAUCCCAACACGGACAACGCUGUAUUGCGCUACAUCAUCGUGAGACAGCUGCCGGAUAAACCUUCACCCAAUAUGUUCUACAUCGACCCGGAAAGAGGUGACAUUGUCACCGUGAUAUCACCCCACCAGCUCGAUAGAGAGACUCUUCCAACCACACAGUAUGAGCUAGAGAUUGUGGCGAAGGACAUGGCAGGAAGUGAGGUGGGUCUGACAGGAACUGCAACAGCCACCAUCACCAUCACAGACAGGAACGACCACGCACCUGAGUUUACACACUCACUGUUCCAGGCAUCAGUGAAUGAGGGAUCAACUGGUGUGGUAGUGAACCUGACGGUGGACGACAGAGAUGACCCAGCCACUGGAGCCUGGAGAGCUAUCUACUCCAUCAUCAAUGGAGACCCCAACCAGAACUUUGAGAUACAGACCAAUCUGGACAACAAUGAAGGGAUGCUAUCGGUGGUAAAGCCUCUGGACUAUGAAAGUGCAAUGUUUCACACACUGCUGAUAAAAGUGGAAAAUGAAGACCCUCUGGUUCCUGACGUUGUGUAUGGCUCCAGCUCUACAGCAACUGUUUACAUUACAGUUAUGGAUGUGAAUGAAGGACCAGUGUUCUUCCCAGAUCCUCUGGUUGUCAUCAGAAGAGAGAAUAUCCCUGUAGGGAGCUUUGUGGCCAUGCUGAACGCUACUGACCCAGACUACCUACAAACCCAGAGCAUAAGGUUGCAAAAGGUUGUGUUGAGGGAGCAUCUCUGGCACAAACAGGAAGCUCAGUAG